UCCAUCUAAGCAAAACACUGUUCCUUCUUUCCAGUUCCUUCUUUCCCAGUUCCCACAAUCCUCGAUUAUUAUUGCCAAUUUUCCCUCUCUCAAUCUUGAAAGCCAUUUGAUUUCAUAAAAUCUCCCUUAUUUCCUCUCUUUUUCUCGGUCUCUCUUUAGAGCCGGCCUAUCCAACGAAUCUUAUUUAUCUACCCAUAGUGCAUCCCUGUUUUCUGAACCAAAUCUAUUUGUCUAAUCUAUUCUUAUUUUAGGGUUUUGAUUCCAUCAGUAUUGUUAAAUUAAAAAAAAUGAAUACGAAGAAAAACGUGUUACCCCCUGGUUUGGUUAACAAUCUCCAGGAAGUUCUUCUUAGCAGAAAAGGAGGGAACUCCGAGAACGACAAAAAAGACGAGCAACCAAAAUCUGAAGCUGUUGGUGAUUCUACUGAGACAUCUACUUCCGCCAGUGAUGAAAACGACAGCUCCAAGCCUGUCGUUUUGGUUACCAACGGGGAAGGGAUUGAUUCCCUUGGCCUUGUUUAUCUCGUUCAGGCUUUGGUCGGCUCAGACCUCUACAAUGUCCAUGUUUGCGCCCCUCGAUCGGAUAAAUCUGUUUCGGGUCAUUCGGUGACCGUCCGAGAAACAAUUAUUGUUACUCCAUCAGAAAUUGAAGGUGCCACUGCUUAUGAAGUUUCAGGAACUACUGCAGAUUGUGUAUCCUUAGCAUUGUCUGGAGCAUUGUUCUCGUGGUCAAAGCCUCUGUUGGUAAUUAGUGGAAUUAACCGGGGAUCGAGCUGUGGUAAUCACACGUUUUACUCUGGUGUUGUUGCUGGCGCUAGAGAAGCAUUAAUUUGUGGUGUACCAUCUUUGUCGAUAUCACUGAACUGGAAGAGGGAAGAAAGCCAAGAAAGUGAUUUUAAGGAUGCAGUUGCUGUUAGUUUACCUUUAGUAACUGCAGCCAUCAGAGACAUCGAAAAUGGUGUUUUCUCCAAAAGUUGCUUUCUAAAAAUAGAAAUUCCCACUUCUCCUUCAACAAACAAGGGUUUUAAACUGACCAAGCAAAGCAUGUGGAGAUCUGCACCAAAUUGGCUUGCUGUUUCAGCUAAUCGGCAUCCUUCUUCUGCUGCUCAUUUCAUGUCUAAUCAACAAAGUCUCGGGCUUCAACUUGCACAGCUUAGCCGAGAUGCAUCUGCUGCUGGUGCUGCUCGCCGCAUUACCAUGCGGAGGCAGAAUGUGGAGGUAGAGUCAGUUGGGGCUGUUAAAUCUGAUAAUAAAGUGAAAAAGUACUUUCGGCUGGAGUUUAUAAGUAAAGAAGAGGAAGAAGCAGAUGAGGAUUUGGAUUUCAAGGCCCUCGAAAACGGAUUCGUCGCAUUAACUCCUAUAUCGCUUUGUCCACAAAUCGAGUCGGACAUUUUAACCGCCGCAUCAGGUUGGAUCUCCGGUGCGCUUAUGGUGGAGCAAUAGAACCUAAAUUCUUAUAAGUCGGUCAAAUUUGUAUACAACUGCAAGAGGCAUUGCAAUUUAGUCAUCAAUUUUUUUUCAAGGGGUUUGAAAGAUCAUAAAUUUGGGUCUGUUUUUGUUGUAGCUGUUUGUUAAUACAAGGAAAUAGCUUGGUCUAAAAUUACAUGACCUAGUACUUCCCACAAACUGUUGUAUUUUGUCUUCAUGUAAUUUCGUCUGAUUUCUUACAUGGUGUUUAAUUUUUCUUGUCCUAAAGCAAU